AUGUUGACGGUACAGCAGCCACCAAGUGCGGCAGUAGCAUCCACAGCCCUACCCACCGAGGGCAUCGCAAGGGCCCUACCCGACCAGGUCCCAGAGAACGCACCCGCACACUGCCCAGGAACGGAAUCUGAACAAGCAGGCAAAGCAGACGCCUGUGCUGGCUGUCCCAACCAAGAUGCAUGUGCAUCAGCGCCCAAAGGUCCAGAUCCGGAUCUUCCAAUCAUCAAAAAGCGCAUGUCGAGAAUCAAGCAUAAGAUCUUGAUCAUGUCCGGCAAAGGGGGUGUUGGAAAGAGUACGUUCACAGCUCAGCUUGGGUGGGCGUUUAGUUCGCGCUUCUCCGGCAACUUUGACUACGACGCAGCGGAGGAAGAAGAGAAGCAUACAGAGGAGACCACGGCCGAGGAAAAGGGACACGACGAAGCGGAAAAGCAAGUAGCGAUUAUGGACAUCGACAUCUGCGGACCCUCAAUUCCGACAAUCCUUGGUUUGGCAGGUCAAAGCAUCCACUCAACAUCACAGGGCUGGUCUCCAGUCUACGUCUCCGACAACCUUUGCGCAAUGAGCAUCGGCUUCUUGCUCCCCUCGGCCUCAUCUGCAGUCAUUUGGCGAGGGCCAAAGAAGAACGGUCUCAUCAAGCAAUUCCUCAAAGAUGUCGACUGGACAGCUGGUCUCGAAGAUGAAGAGGAAGAAUCUGCACCCGCAUCUGCCACAAACGAUGUUGCCACAACUCAACCACCACUGAUCGACUACAUGCUCAUCGAUACACCGCCCGGUACAUCUGACGAGCACCUUUCCAUCGUCUCUUACCUCAAAGAAUCCGGAAUCACCGGCGCCAUCCUCCUCACCACCCCACAAGAAGUCUCCCUUCAGGACGUACGCAAGGAGAUCUCCUUCUGCCGCAAGAUGAACGUCCCUAUUCUCGGCAUUGUCGAGAACAUGGCUGGCUUCGUCUGCCCAAGCUGCACAGGUUACAGCGAGAUCUUCUACCCUAGCACUGGCGGGGCAAAGGCGCUAUGCGAGGAGCUAGGUUUGAACUUCCUCGGUAGCAUCCCACUUGACCCAAGGAUCGGCAAGAGCUGUGAUCUGGGUGUCAGCUUUACUGACGAGUAUCCAGACAGUCCUGCGACAAAGGCAUACCUCGAUGUCAUCGAGAGGGUGCGUAAGCUCGUCAACUGA